CAUUGAACGUAAAACUUCCCGGAAGUAAUUUUUGUAAACACACGUUUGCAUUUUGUUACGCUAUUGUGGCAUGCAAUUUACUAUUUUCUAAACUAUGCCGAAACUCUUUGAGAUAACAUUUACAGACAAAUCUAAUACGGGAGGAUUUUGGUCUGCCAUUGAUGUUUGGAUAAAGAAACCACACGUUGUGAACAAACGUCUUUGUGGAGUCAAAGAGACACAGAGUAAGAAUGUUGGCGUUGAAGAACUUGGAAACAUUCUGCUAACUCAUGGAAGUGAUACUUCAGAGUCCAAGGAUGUUCUUACUUUCUUGAAUAGUGGCGUUGAACUCGAACAUGACAAGGAGAGAUUGUGGUCUUUUUGUGUGAGGACAUUCAUUCCUAAAGUAAACUGUUAUGGCACAACUGUACAUAAAGAUAUUAUACUCAAAGACUUUAACACUCAAAGAGUAAGCUUCUUACCAGUUGAAGAAAGUGAGGAAGGCACUGCCUCUUUACGGAAGAACAACAUCUAUCAGAUACAUCUCCUCUCUGUGAAGAGUGAUGAAUGGACACUAGAGUUACAUCUCAUGCGGCCUGAUGACUGGUUCAGUGACGGGGUGGCCUACCCCAAACUGCCCUGGCUCGGUGGGGAGCUCCUGCCCAAACUGGUGCGCUGGGCCACGGAGAGUAAGACCAGUGAGUUCAAGAGCACCCUGUCCCUCCUGCCUGUAGAGAAGUACAGCAUCAUGUACCAACAGCUGAAAGACAAGUACAAGGAGAUGGUCAAGGUAUGGCCUGAAGUGACGGAUCCAGAGAAGUUUGUCUUUGAAGAUGUUGCCAUCGCUACCUAUCUUUUGGUCCUAUGGGGCGAGGAGCGAGCAGAGAAGGGUCUGACCGUCAAACAGUCCUUUGUGGAUCUUGGUUGUGGAAAUGGUCUCCUGGUUCACAUUCUAAGCAAUGAAGGGCACCCUGGAAAGGGCAUCGACGUGAGGAAAAGGAAGAUCUGGGAUAUGUACGGCCCCCAAACACAUCUAGAGGAAACGGCAAUCACUCCCAGUGAUGGCUUCUUAUUCCCGGGCACAGACUGGCUGAUUGGAAACCACUCGGACGAGCUCACACCGUGGAUCCCCGUUAUAGCGGCCAGGUCAUCCUUCUCCUGCCGGUAUUUUGUCCUGCCGUGCUGCUUCUUUGACUUCUAUGGUAAGUACCAGCGGAGACACUGUAAGAAGUCCCAGUAUAAGGAAUACAUUGACUUCAUCUCUGAGGUCAGCACAGCCUGUGGGUUCAACACAGAGGAGGACUGCCUGAGAAUCCCCUCCACAAAGCGGGUGUGUCUGGUAGGAAAGUCGAGGAGCUACCAGCUGUUGGGUGAGCCGCAGGCGGAGGAGUGGAGAGACAAGUAUAUACAGGGUCGUCAGACCUGCUCCGGGGUCACAGUUCGAGAGUCAAACGCCGAGGGUGAAGCCGAGCACCACCACGACCACUCAGAGACUGACAGGAUCCACGGCACCAACUGGGGAGCUGGAUUCCAGCCCCGAGAGAGGAUCGAGACAGUGCGGAACUGUGCCGCCCUUCCCCGGGACUUUGUAGAUGGUAUAGUCCUACGUGUGGCCACCUCUCUGCUGGGGUUGACCAAGGACGAAGGUGGGGAUGUCCCCGGCACCUGGAACACAGGAGGCAGGCUGUCUGUGAGAGAGGUGGCUGAGUUGUUAGAGCAGGAGACUCUGCAGGUCCUGAAGAAAGAAUGUGGCGGUCUGCAGACCCUGCUCAAGAACAACCACCAGGUCUUCAGAGUGGAAGGUGGUAUGGUCCAUAUCCGGGACUGGCGGGUACAGGCCCAGAGGCCUAGAGGGCUGCAGGGUACCAGGGCUGAUUCUAAGCGGAAGCACCUAAUCUCUGGUGCCCUGAAGACCCGGGCCUGCUGGUUCCACGUCCACCACCCUCACGGAUGCCCACUGCAGGCCGAGGAGUGUGCCUUCGCCCAUGGCCCAGACGAUCUCCGACCUUCCACCAGACCACUCAAGAAAAUGAAGUACUCCAACUGAACACUCAAUUCAGUUUGGACCAUUAUUGCAAUGCUUUAUUUCAAUUGUACUAGUUUUUUUGUAGUUUUUUUUAGAUGUGGAGUUGAUGCUGUGAUAUGAUGCUAUAAGAAUAGCUGUGACUGUCAGUCAUACAUACAUACAUACAUACAUACAUACAUACAUACAUACAUACAUACACACACACAUACAUACAUACAUACAUACAUACAUACAUACAUACAUACAUACAUACAUACAUACAUACAUACAUACAUACAUACAUACAUACAUACAUACAUAUAGUGCGGUCCAAAAUUAUUGACACCCUUGAUAAGGAUAAUUAAAAUACCCAGCUAUAUUGUAAGUGAAAAAAAUGAGGAAAGAGAUUUUGUUUAACAGUAAUACUUUAUUUUCUCAAAAGGUAGGGGUUGAAAUUAUUGACAUCUCUAAAGAUUGUUAUAAAUAAAGUAGUCAAAAGUUUAGUAUUUGGUCCCAUAAUCCUAGCACGCAAUGACUACAUCAAGCUUGUGACUCUACAAACGUGUUGGAUGCGUUUACAGUUAGCUUUGGUUGUGUUUCAGAUUAUUUUGUUGCCAAUAGAAAUGAAUGUUAAGUAAUGUAUUGUGUCAUUUUGGAGUCACUUUUAUUGUAAAUAAGAAUCGAAUAUGGGACUAAAUACUAAACAUUUGACUACUUUAUUGAUAAGGAUCUUUAGGGGUUUCAAUUUUGACCCCUACCUUUUUCCUCUGAGCAAUUGUAUUAGUAUAAAAUAAUAUAAUUUGCAUUUUUUUUGUUGGAUAAAAUACAGCUUAGUAUUUUAAUUAUGUAUUUUCCACAGUCAUUAUUGCUCAUCUUUAUCAGCAGGUGUCAAUAAUUUCAGACCCCACUGUGCAUACAUACUUGUGCUUGUAAUUAAUUCCACAUAUUGGAAUUUUGAGACCUAAAUCUGGUUAGAUAAGUACAUUUUAGUUUUUAGUAGUGGAGCUACUCUGCUAUUUGGUUUGCAGAUCUCAAAUAUAACAUCUCAAAUAUAAACAA